AUGAAAAACGGAAGCGUCUCAGGACCUUCCGGCACCAUUGUCCUUCCGAUCAGGCCAAAUCCUCAAGUCUUGGAUAAGCACACCACCAUUAGCAUCAUGACGAUUUCCAAUGUUCUGUACACGCCGACAGGAACGCGUUCGGAGUUGAGCUGGCCAGUACUGAAGAGGCAAGGUUUCACGAUGAAGCGCAUCCACUCCUACAGUCGCGUAGUCAAGAAUAGCCCAUUUGGAAAACCUGAGCCCGUGCUAAAGGGCAUGCUUGAUUAUUUUGUGCGUAGGAAGGUAUAUGCAGUGCAACAUCCUCGGAGCGGCGCUAAUUUAUUGUAUGCCUCGCAAUUGGAACCCGACUUGUUCGAGUUGUGCAUCUUGCCCACGACGUUUAAUGCAGGACAAUGGGAGAAGUGGGUGAUGGGAAGUGUGCUCCAGGAAGUGGUCAACUUACGAGGUACCUAUAUCAUGACGGACCCGCAGGAAGACGACAGAUUUAGACGAAACUACAAAGCGAUCGUGCUCUACCCAAAACUCGAACUAGUUGGCCCCUACAACCGACAUCCUGAGGCUGAUGUCGACUUACUCACACGUGGUGGCGAAGUCGCAACUGUGCUAGAGGGAUAG